CUGAAGUGAGAACUGAGACCCGGGCCCUGCUCUCCUGCACUUAGGAGACCCCAUCCUGGCAACAUGGACAGGAUAGUCCUCUGUCUCAUGGUCAUCUUCUCGGGGACAGUGGCCCAUAAGUCAAGCCUCCAAAGGCCAGAUCGCUUCUUGAUCAGAAUGCGUCAACUCAUAGAUAUUGUUGAUCAGCUGAACAAUUAUGUCAAUGACUUGGGCCCUGAAUUUCUGCCAGCUCCAGAAGAUGUAAAGAGACACUGUGAACGGUCGGCUUUUUCAUGUUUUCAGAAGGUCCAACUAAAGUCAGCAAAUGCAGGAGACAAUGAGAAGAAAAUCAACGUAUUAACUAAACAGCUGAUGAGGAAACUACCUCCCACAAAUGCAGGGAGAAGACAGAAACAGAGACUAACAUGCCCUUCAUGCGAUUCUUAUGAGAAAAAACCACCCAAAGAAUUCCUAGAAAGACUGAAAUCACUCAUCCAAAAGAUGAUUCAUCAGCACCUCUCCUAGAACUCACGGAAUCCGAAGGUUCCUGAGGACCUCACGGGGAGCCGGACACUAUUGCA